AUGAAACUCAGGGCAUCUCUAUCGCUGCCUAUUGCGCCACCCACCAAACUGCGACGUCACAAGUCGGUGCAAGAAAACCAAAUGAGUCGUGCCUCUUCCUUCACCAAACGACGCAAUGAGAAGCAGCCACAGCGUCUUAUGCAGACGAUGGAGCAGACUCUGAUGGAUAAUGUACAUGUGGAAUUUGUCAAAGCAGUGGUACCUGGUCGGAACAAACUUGCCAGUCCUCGGUAUAUUAUGCGUAUCAGCAACACGGCACUGGACCAAACGUGGGAAAUGGCAAGGACAUUUAAAGAGUUUAGCGAGUUGAAAGACACGAUUGUUUCUCUCCUCGGGUAUGGCCACUUCUGUCACUCGAAUUGCCCAUGGCUCUAUAUGUACGCCACCCAUCAUUUUCCACGUCGUCGCAUCUUUCGCUCGCGAAGUCCGUCUGUAAUUGCAGGCCGUUUAUCGGAGCUCCAGACGUAUUUUUUUACGUUAUUGCGUAUGUCCAAGCAGAACCGCAAUCUCGACUGCGCAGUAGCUGCAACUAAGCUACCACAGCUCAUCUAUGACUUCCUGUUCGAGGGCAUGGUCUUUGAUCGUUCCGACUUUAUGCGGCUAAGCGAGCGUCUCUCGUUUGCUGGUCGAGAUAGCAGUUUUAUCGACACUUACCCGACACAAGAGACGGAGGAGUGCAUUAUCUGCUGCAACGCCCUAGUUGGUGAUGCCACGGUGUCAAUUGUACCAGCAGCUCUAUGCAGCAAUCAAGAGCUGACGAGCAUGGAUAAGAAGGUUAAUGGGCAUGUCACGGCGGGUCUCACAACGCUCAAUUGCGGCCAUUGCUUCCACGAUGAAUGCAUUCUCGCAAAACUCAACGAGUCGUUGACUUGUCCGCUCUGCCUAGCGCCUACAGUUGUUACAGCCUAG